ACAUAAUCUUACCAAAGACAUAUAAUACCAAGAAUUUAAUUUGAAAAUUAUCAAAAUACAGUGAUAAAAGGGCAACAAGUGGAUUUGUGUAAAAUUGUAUUUCAAUUUUAGUAAUUGUGAAAUUGAAAUAAACUCAACUAAUACAAGGAGAAAGAAACAAUUUAUAGUGACUUUUCCAGACGGCAUUGACGAUUUUGACGACGCCAUGGACUUGUGGGGAAUUUUUAUGUUUUUCUUCUUGGCCUUCAUCAUAAUGAGCUGCUGUGGCUAUUGCUGUUCCCGCAAACAGCGGGGAGCUGUCUUAUCAGCACCUGUUGUUGUAACAUCAGCUACACAUACAGCACCUGGUGGUUAUCCGGUGACUCAAAUGCCUGUUGGUGCCACAACAACAGCAUAUCAAACACAAGUCUAUGCAACUCCAUAUCCACCUCAAGGAGCUCCUACACAUAUGCCCAUGCCAAUGCCUAUGGCCGGUGGUCAACCUCCAGCUGGUGUUCAACCUCCCUACCCUCCAUACCCCACAAUGUCAGCAGCAAGUAUGAACCCACCAUCCUAUGAUGUGGCUGUUAGCGGUGCUGGUGCAGGACAACCAAAUAAUGCUGCUAGUUAUCAGAAACAAGCACCCUACAAUCCUUCCUACCAAAUGUAAACAAGUUUUCCCAACAUGCAUACAAUAUUUUUUCCAUACCAACUAGAAACAACCAACGACUUCAAAAAAGGGAACUUUACUUAAAGACUUGUUAGAGAAAUUAGCAAAAAGUUGCCAUAGCAAGUAAAAAAAAACGUAAAAUGUAAAAUUUAAUAAUUAAUUAUCUUACAUAUGUAUGUAUAUAUUAGAUACAUAAUUAUAUGUAAAUUUAUUAGACAAUAUGUAAAAGCUUAAAAGUUAUUGUUUAAAUUUUUUAUAAACUUUUUAAUCGCCCCACAACGUUUAAACAAUCAUACAAAGAAUUCCAUAAUUUUCAUUGUUACAAAUCAAGUAUUCCAAAAACAAAACAACUUAAACUUAAUAAAUAAUUCUUUCAACUCUAUGUAAUUUUAAAUACGAGUUUAUUAGCUUUCAUUAUUGUGAUAUCCUUUGUACAUGUUAUAAAAAGGAAUUACUGAUUUUUAUUUUUCCAUUUUUUUUUUUUGUAUAAUUAUAAAAAUAUUGAUAAAGUUUGAUGAAUAUGCAAUUGAUUUUAUAGUAUUUACUUCUUUAUUAAACGUUUAUACAUGUACGAGUAUCUGGAAUUAUUUUAGGGACUUAAAUCAUUUUAUUGUUAUUAUUACUUUUUUAAUUUGCACAUAAACCAAAAAUAAAAAAAUCGAAUAAAAUAUAAAAAAAUGAUAUAAAA